AUGGCCGUCACGGGGUACGACCCCGUCUCAGCCUCCCCCACCCGAUCAUCUGUCAUCCAGGUGGGUGGGCUUUCCGUCGUGGAUGCCACGAUCGGCCGUCCCUCCGCUGCUUAUGACCGUACUCAGAUCGCAACGGGCCAUGCUCGGGUCCAUACUGGCCGCAGCCUAGCUCGGGCCCGGCGCCUGGUGGGGAAUCUGCUGCUCUACAAUCUGGAGUUUGAGUCCAACUUACUGCGUUCCCAACCGUUCCUCAUCGUCGCCGCCCGGGCGUUCCAGUGCAAUUGUACAGUGGGAUACCACGGGAUUUUAUGUGAACUGGAUGUGAAUGAAUGCGAGCUUCUACCUUGUCUGAACAAUGGCAGCUGCUAUAAUAUGCCUGGAGGCUUCCAGUGUCUCUGUCCCCGUGGAUUUACAGGUAGAAGAUGUGAAGUUAAUAUCAAUGACUGUGCAUCUGUUCCGUGCAACAAUGAGGGGACAUGCAUUGAUGGUAUCAGUCUCUACAGCUGCAUCUGUUUGAAAGGUUUUGCUGGAACGAAUUGUGAACACAAUGUAAAUGAAUGCGCCUCAAACCCUUGUCUUCAGGGCAUUUGCGUGGACUUGGUGAAUGGAUUUCAAUGCCACUGCAAGCCAGGAUGGAUGGGUUCACGAUGUGACAGCAAUAUUGACGAGUGCAGUUCCAACCCUUGUUUAAAUGGAGGAGCAUGUCAGGAUUUAGUUGGUACCUAUACCUGCACAUGCUUGGAUGGAUACAGUGGCAAGAACUGCCAAACAGACCUUGACGUCUGUAAAGAAAAUGUGCUGAACUUCACCCACUGUCUCAACGGAGGAAUAUGCAUUGAUGGACCGGGCACAAAUUUCAGUUGCUGGUAGCCUUCAGGCUU